AUGGCUAUUGGCAAGACGCUUCUGACUACAUGCACCCUGAUGAUCAUUGGAUUCAUGACUACCACGCAACCUCAAAAUGUAGUUAGUUUGGAAAUUGAUGUUAAGAGCUUUGGAGCUGUAGGAGAUGGCAUCACCGAUGAUUCUUUGGCGGUUGCCCAGGCAUGGGAUGCAGCAUGUAGUUCGACCGGACAAUUUAAAUUAUCUGCCGGAAACUUUGUUGUUCAACCAUUGUCUUUCUCGGGUCCAUGCAAAGCUCCAACUGUUGUCGUCACUGUCGUAGGGACUCUUGAAGCACCACCGAAGAACAAGUGGAUUAAUAACACCGAUACUUGGCUUAACUUUCAACACAUUGAUAAUCUUGUUAUAACUGGACCUGGACGAUUUGAUGGUGAAGGGCAGUCUGGUUGGUGGGACUCUUGCAAACAGACUAAAACUUGUGAAAAUAACCCCACGGCUCUUGGAUUUCAUAAUUGUAAUGGCCUUAACCUCACCGGUGUAACCUCUAUCAAUAGCCCGAAAAAUCAUAUAUCUAUAAAUGGUUGCAAUGGAGCCAUCAUCUCUAACAUCAGCAUAACCGCGCCAAAGGAGAGUCCCAACACCGACGGCAUUGACAUAUCUGAUUCAAGCGGUGUUCAUGUCACUGGUGGAAACAUUGGGACCGGGGAUGAUUGUAUCGCAAUCAACGGUGGUAGCUUCAACAUCACUGUUGACGGCCUAUUUUGUGGCCCAGGCCAUGGCAUAAGUGUUGGAAGCCUAGGGAGGAAUGGUGCCACUGAAAUCGUAAGCAAUGUCACAGUUGCCGGCAUCACUUUCUCUGAUACUCAAAACGGAGUUCGUAUUAAAACUGUGCCGGGAGGAUCCGGAUCUGCAAGCCUAAUAACAUUUAGUAACAUACAGAUGAGGUGUGUCCAACAUCCGAUCAUAUUAAGUCAAUUUUAUUGCCCUCAUAUCGAUCCUACCGAAUGCAAAGAUAACCCACCUGUAGUUGAAAUAAGCGGUGUUACGUUCAUGGAUAUUAAUGGAACUUCUUCAACACCUGAUGCAAUCGACAUUAACUGCAGCAAAAAUCCUAAGACUUGUGCAGGCAUCACCCUUGAGCGGAUCAACAUACAACCAAUCAACUCAUCCGUCAAAGUUGCAUCGACUUGUAAAAAUACUCAAGCUCGCAUUAUGGGGCCCGUGUUUCCUCCUGUACUUUGCACUCAGCCGAGCUUUAUCAUGAUGCUUUUGGAUCUUGAUUAUAACAAGAAGACCGUGCAUGAAAUAGCAACAAACUAA